AUGCAGUUUCUUGCUAUCAUUGUUCAGGGUCCCCAUCAUUCCAUCUCUGGGGCCUACACCAUCCCUCCCUUCAGGUUCCAGCCUCGCAAUAGGAGCAUGGACUGGAGGCGUAUGAGUGUCCUGGAUGUGGACCGUGUGACACAGGAGCUGGAUGUGGCCAUCUUGCAGGAGAACCUCACUGACAUCACCUUCUGCAUCUUUGACCAGGAGGUAUGCAGCCACUGUUCACAGCCUUUGGACCAGGCACUGCUCAAUGUGCUGUGCCUAGCCCAGCUCACCAUCGAGUACCUGAUGCACUGACAGGACUUCCUGAUGACCAGAGUUACCGAGCUGGAGCUGAACCUGCAAGCCAGCCUGAGCCAGCUGUCACAGAGUCAGCAGCAGCUGGACUGCCAGACUGAAGAGCUCAGGGGUUUGCAGGAGGAAAGGCACCGGCAACGCAAGAUGAUCAAAGACUUGCAGCAGCUUCUCCAAUGGUCAAGUGGCAAGAGCUACUAUAUGUGCCAUCUGUGUGAGGAGAUGUUCCCCAGCGCCUCCUAUCUCCAGAGCCACCUUCAACACAAGCACGAGGGCAAGGCUCAAGGAGAGAAACAGAAGCAGGAAGAGUCUAUGGAGGAGGUGGUACGAGACCUGCGGGCCCAGCUGACAUCCACUCAGGAGGAGCUGACAGCCCUGUUGAAGCAGCAGCGGCAGCAGCAGGUGGGCACAGAGAAGAGACAGCAGGAGACUCUGUCAUGGGCGGACCAGAGCCCCGGGAUGACAUUUCAUGAAUUGGAAAAAGAGCUGGCAGCUAAAAACAAAGAGCUACGGAAGGAAAACGAGAGGCUGCAUGACAUGCUUUGUCAACUACAUGCAACAGCUUCCCAAUCCCAGCAGCACAUUGUGUCCCUCAGCACCCAGAUGCAACAACAAGCCAGGCUCAUUACGUCACAGGAGAUGACCCAGACCUCGUUGCGCAGGAAGGUGAAGGGGAGCCCUAAGGACCUGAAGACUGUGAACAUAAACAAGAAAUCUUCCAUAGAAGAGUCAGAGGAUUCCCAAGAUGAACAGCAGGAGGAGCUGGAAGCUCAGGGGCAGAACAUCAGCUUGAGGAAGUUGUUUGGGCAAACCCUGGGGAAUGAUCUGCAAGAGAGACAGGAAAGCACAGGGAGAAAGAGAGAUGCAAAGGAAGUCCCCACGAGGACUUUCAGACACUCAAUGAAGCAGAGCGGGGAGAAGGAGGGGAAGUUUUCUGCGUGGUUCAGCAAGGAUUCAGAGUGUGGAUUUAGGCAUUCUCAAGACAGUCUUCAGUCAAAAGUGUUUGCUAAUCUCCAUGUAGAAAGGCUUUGGGGGUAA